AUCAACUUGGGCAACGUGUGGUGUGAUCCGUACUGAUCUUCACUGUCACGACUCCUGGUAUGGUGACUAUGAUGGGGUCUCCAACACCACCAUCUUACCCUUCUGUUUGGUCAUGUGUGGUGGAACUCCCAACAACCUCACCACUACCUCUAUCUCCACCACCAUCUCCAUCACUGCAGCCAUUGCUGUUCAACACUCUCCAGGUACGGUCCGCCCUAGGCUCAGCGCACCGGAGGAAGUUGUCCUUCAAGAAUGUGAGCAACGUCGUGGUUCAGCUGCUACACUCCAUUAAGUACUCCAUGGAGGUGCCGUUCUCAAACAUGGCCAUUCCCCCUCAAGACAAGUCAACAUCCAUUACCAAGAAGAGGAAUAUAUUCUUUCACGAAUACUACGAAAUAGAGCGAGGGUGCCCACAAUCUAGCCUGUCAGACAAGUUCAAACGACCUUUCAAGAAGAGGCUGUCGUCCCUCCCUCACACACCUUCCAAUAGAGUCAAUAAGUAUUUAGCCCAAGCAAUCGAUGCCAGGUCCGUGGACAGAGAAAAAUCUACACACGUAUCGCUCAUCACACUGUGCUUCAGGGACCGUGAGAAGGAGAGAAAUUACCAUGAAGAAGUAGAUGUGGGCUUUGGAAACUCAUUGCUGUGUUCCCUGUUUUUACUGUUGUUCGUGGCAUCAGUGCAGGCACUGGUGUUACCACGCACUUUGCUCUUCCUCUUUUUGUUUCUGGCAGCCUUUGUUACAAUAUCUGUUAUGCUCAUUGUUCUUCUGGCAUCUAGGUUAAAAGUAACAACAUGGGAUCCAGCCAGGAGAUUUGUGCUACGUCUCAUUUUGACAAUUAUUGCUGUGACAGUGAUAUACAUAAUGGCCCAAGUUAAUUCGUUUACAUGUGAGUUACCACACGUACCUUGCAAAGCCAAUGUGACCGACCUGACUCCUCUUCGCUCGGGCCCCCAAGAGUUUGUGCGCAAUUUAUGGUGUCCUUUGCCAGAGUACAUCCCUCUCUCUUGCAUUGUCGGUUUUAUGGCAGUGGCAGUGUUCUUGCGGCUGCCAGUGUUAGUCAAAACACUACUCCUUGUGUCAAUGGCAACUGUGUACUCCCUCUUGAUCUUCAUCACCCAUCUUCGGCUCUUUGAGUGCUAUGACAUCCGAGUCGGGGCAUUGGUUCCUACAGAGGUUUUGGGAGUCGUAUACAUUUUGCUCUUUUUACUUGCUGUUAUUGCUCAUGGCCGCCAAGUUGAGUGGACUGCACGCCUUGAUUUCCUCUGGCAGUGUCAGGCAUCAGAAGAGAAGCAAGAUAUGGACGCCCUGCAAGAGAGCAACCGUCGGAUCUUGUUUAAUUUACUGCCAGCUCAUGUCGCCACACAUUUCCUAGACAACCAAUUUAGAAAUAACAUGGAUCUUUAUCACCAGAGUUAUAGUCGUGUAGGAGUGCUGUUUGCAUCCAUUCCUAACUUCCAUGAGUUCUACACUGAGCUUGCAGUGAACAACCAAGGCACAGAAUGUCUUCGUCUCUUGAAUGAAAUCAUAGCAGACUUUGACGAGCUGCUGGAUGAUGAACGUUUUAAAGCAAUCGACAAGAUCAAAACUGUUGGAUCUACCUUCAUGGCAGCUGUGGGUCUCAUGCCUGACAUGAGAAUACUGGACAAGGAUGAUUCUGCAAACUACUACAUGACGAUGCUUACUGAACUAGUCUUUGCAUUUAAAGACAAACUUUCAAGCAUCAAUGAAAAUUCUUAUAAUAGCUUUACCUUGAGAGUUGGUAUGAAUAUUGGACCAGUUGUGGCUGGUGUCAUUGGGGCAAGAAAGCCUCAGUAUGAUAUUUGGGGUAACACUGUUAAUGUUGCCAGUCGCAUGGAUUCCACAGGCCUUCCUAAUCAUACUCAGGUAACUGAAGAGGUUUACCAAGUUCUCCGCAAAGGACCUUACCAGUUUCAAUGCCGUGGAAAGGUUAAGGUCAAAGGAAAGGGAGAAAUGACAACAUACUUCUUAGUCGAUAGGAAAGAAGCCCCAACAAUUAAAGCUGAAGAUGGUUCUAGGCCACCAAAGGUACCACCUCAUCUCCAGAGUUAUGCCGGAUACCUGGAGACGGGAAGAUUCCAGUGAAGGGUUCCUUGAGGCAACAAUAUUAAAAAGU